CCCCUCCUGCGCAAGCGCGCUCCGCCCCGGCCAGCCAUGGUGAACCUGGGCUUGUCCCGUGUGGACGAUGCUGUAGCCGCCAAGCACCCGGGACUCGAGGAGUACGCCGCGUGCCAGUCCAACGCCUUCAUGAAGGGCGUGCUCACCUUCCUGGCAGGCACCGCCGGGACCUUCGGCCUGCAGACUCUCAUCCAGAGAAAGUUUCCCUACCCGAUGCAGUGGAGCAUCCUGGUGGCCAUGGUUGCAGGCUCUGUGGCCAGCUACAAGGUGACCAGAGUGGAGUCGCAGAAAUGCAGCAACCUCUGGCUCUUUCUGGAGACAGGGCAGCUCCCCAAAGACAUGGGCACAGGUCAGCCCCGAUAGGAGAGCUGCAGCCAGGGAGCAGAUUUGGGUGCGGAGUCCAGGAGCACAGUCCUCAGCACUCCAGACUCCAGACCACGUCACACACAGCCAGGCCUAACACCCGCUGUUGCUGCUGCUGCCCACAGCCUGGACCUGCCCAGGUUGGCUCAGAAAGGCCUGGCAGGGCUGGGGCAGGGGAUUCUCCUAGGGUCAGCACUGGAGCCCUAGAGGAUUGUGUCCUGCUGCACAUAUUGUGGAGGCAGCAGCCUGUGGAUGGUGGACACGACUGUGCACCCUCUCAGGCACUGUGGCCGCCCCCUCUCUCCUCCCCAGCAAGCCCAAGGACAUAGCUGGUGCUGGAGGUGUCAGGUAAUAAACAGCUUGUCUUGCUUCCCA